GUCAAGGAAACGUCCAUACCUAUUUUAUUAAAGCUGGCAGCAAGUCUUAGGUUUUUCGCAGAAGGUUCCUAUCAACGUUCCGUCGGAAAGGAUACAGAUAUUGCUAUGGGUAGAAGCACAGUCUCAAAAAUAUUAUCCGAAAUGAUCAAUGCUUUGGAAAAUGUUCUGUGUCCUAAGUGGAUUAAGCUGAAAAUGUCUGAAGAGGAUUCUAGAAAAUCAAAACUUCAUUUUGUAGAAAAAUUCGGUAUUCCAGGAGUAAUAGGGUGUAUUGAUGGAACACAUGUGGCUCUGAUUAAACCUUUUGAGAACGAGCAUCUAUUUUUUAACCGAAAAGGAUUUUUUAGCAUAAACGCAAUGAUUAUUUGUGAUUUUGAUAUGAUAAUAAGAGCAGUAGAUGCAACUCGGCCUGGUGCAAGCCAUGACGCUUUCGUAUUUAGUAUGAGCAGUGCAAAACACUAUUACCUAUCGCAGUAUGAAGCUGGUGACCGAGGGUCUUGGCUACUGGGAGAUUCUGGUUUUGGUAUAGAGCCAUUUCUACUGACUCCAUAUAGAAACCCAGGCCCAAGAUCGGCAGAACACAGAUUUAACCAGCAGCAUGCAAAAGCACGUAACAUCGUUGAGCGUGCUAUAGAAGCAUUAAAAAGUCGGUUUCGUUGUUUUAAAACUACCCUGCCAUAUACGCCGCAAAAGGUAGUGAAGAUAAUAAAUGUUUGUUGCGCACUACAUAACAUAUGUAGGAGUAAUCAAAUAGUGACAUUGAAACAGAAACCGUAUUAG